CCGGGUUUGGGGGGCGGCUGCAUAGUCUCCGGGAUCCCCAGGCCUGGAGGGGGGUCUGCGCGCGGCCGGCUGGCUCUGCCCCCCGUCCGGUCCCGAGCGGGCCUCCCUCGGGCCAGCCCGAUGUGACCGGGCCCAGCGGAGCCUGAGCAAGGAGCGGGUCCGUCGCGGAGCCGGAGGGCGGGAGGAACAUGACAUCGCGGAGAUGGUUUCACCCAAACAUCACUGGCGUGGAGGCAGAAAACCUGCUGUUGACAAGAGGGGUUGAUGGCAGCUUUCUGGCGAGGCCCAGUAAAAGUAACCCCGGAGACUUCACCCUUUCUGUCAGAAGAAAUGGAGCUGUCACCCACAUCAAGAUUCAGAACACCGGUGACUACUAUGACUUGUAUGGAGGGGAGAAGUUUGCCACUUUGGCUGAGCUGGUCCAGUAUUACAUGGAACACCACGGGCAGUUAAAGGAGAAGAAUGGAGAUGUUAUUGAGCUCAAAUAUCCUCUGAACUGUGCAGAUCCUACCUCUGAAAGGUGGUUUCACGGACACCUGUCUGGGAAAGAAGCAGAGAAAUUAUUAACGGAAAAAGGAAAACAUGGUAGCUUUCUGGUACGAGAGAGCCAGAGCCACCCCGGAGAUUUUGUUCUCUCUGUCCGAACUGGUGAUGACAAAGGAGAGAGCAACGAUGGCAAGUCUAAAGUGACCCACGUCAUGAUCCGCUGUCAGGAACUGAAAUACGAUGUUGGUGGAGGAGAACGCUUUGACUCUUUGACAGAUCUCGUGGAGCAUUACAAGAAGAAUCCCAUGGUGGAAACAUUGGGCACAGUACUACAACUCAAGCAGCCCCUCAACACAACACGCAUCAAUGCUGCUGAAAUAGAAAGCCGGGUUCGAGAACUAAGCAAAUUAGCUGAGACCACAGAUAAAGUCAAACAAGGCUUUUGGGAAGAAUUUGAGACACUACAGCAACAGGAGUGCAAACUUCUCUACAGCCGAAAAGAGGGUCAGAGGCAAGAAAAUAAGAACAAAAAUAGAUAUAAAAACAUCCUGCCCUUCGAUCAUACCAGAGUUGUCCUCCAUGAUGGUGAUCCCAAUGAGCCUGUUUCAGAUUACAUCAAUGCAAACAUUAUCAUGCCUGAGUUUGAAACCAAAUGCAACAAUUCAAAGCCCAAAAAGAGUUACAUCGCCACACAAGGCUGCCUGCAGAACACGGUGAACGACUUCUGGCGGAUGGUGUUUCAAGAGAACUCCCGAGUGAUUGUCAUGACAACGAAAGAAGUGGAGAGAGGAAAGAGUAAGUGUGUCAAAUACUGGCCCGACGAGUGUGCUCUCAAAGAAUAUGGGGUCAUGCGUGUUAGGAACGUCAAAGAAAGUGCCGCUCAUGACUAUACAUUAAGAGAACUUAAACUUUCGAAGGUUGGACAAGCUCUACUCCAGGGCAAUACAGAGAGAACCGUGUGGCAGUACCACUUUCGGACCUGGCCAGACCAUGGGGUGCCCACUGACCCCGGGGGCGUGCUGGACUUCCUGGAGGAGGUCCACCAUAAGCAAGAGAGCAUCGUGGACGCGGGGCCCGUGGUGGUGCACUGCAGUGCUGGAAUUGGCCGGACAGGGACGUUCAUUGUGAUUGAUAUCCUUAUUGACAUCAUCAGAGAGAAAGGUGUCGACUGUGACAUUGACGUUCCCAAAACCAUUCAGAUGGUGCGGUCUCAGAGGUCAGGGAUGGUCCAAACGGAAGCCCAGUACCGCUUCAUCUACAUGGCUGUUCAGCAUUACAUCGAAACACUACAGCGCAGGAUCGAAGAGGAGCAGAAAAGCAAGAGGAAAGGGCACGAAUAUACAAAUAUUAAGUAUUCUCUGACGGACCAGACAAGCGGAGAUCAGAGUCCCCUCCCGCCUUGUACUCCAACACCAUCCUGUGCAGAAAUGAGAGAAGAUAAUGCUAGAGUUUAUGAAAACGUGGGUCUGAUGCAGCAGCAGAAGAGUUUCAGAUGAGACGACUCACCAAGACUUCAGCACAGAAAUCGAUGUGGACUCUCACCCUCUCCCUAAAAAGAUCAAGAACAGAUAUAAGAAAGUUUGUACAAAGAACGAAUUUGAAGUUGGAAGGCUUGUGUCACGGUUGACUACCUUUGGAGAAACAAAAUUGAAAACCCUUUAAAGACCACUGUAUUCUAACUCCACAGUACCUGAUUACCAAUUGCUCAUUUCCUCACAUACGAAGAAAUCAUCUCUACAAUGUGGACAGUGUUCUAUUUUAUAGAAUUUUAUUUUAAAUCGAGGAAGCAGUUAAAUUGUGCUCUAUAUUUGCCAGAUGAUGGUGAUUCAAAUUCUACUUAUUGGCAUUUCUUUCCCCUUCCUAUAAUCUUAAGAAUUCAAUUGUUCUUCUCUCUGUGGGGGAUGACAAGCACUUGUAAGAGGAAAAUCCUUUUGGGAAAGGUAAUGGCAUACCGUGGGAGCGAGAACAGGUUCUGGACCACUGCUUACCCAGCAGUGGGGAAUUCAUUUGAUGGCCUCUUUUUUUGGCUAAAUGAUAAUUAAGCCAGUGCCCCAGACUGUCGGAAGUCGACAAUCUGCCCACUUUUGCAUUGCCAUUAAAAAAGAUCAUGGGGAAAAAAGAAUCAUGGAGACUUAAGAUAAAAGGUGUGUUUUCUUCGUCGCAGAUGACCAAUUACCAUUCAGCCUGUUGACUGAGAAGGAUGUGGUGGGAAAUGUUUGUCAUAUUUUCUUUUCAUUUGAGUGAUUGUCUUGUAUUCAGGAAAAAAACAGAAACAAAAACCCGCAUCUGUGGACAACCCAGCAGCGUCGUGCUUACAGAUUGUCGGCGAUCUGCCAUCCCGAAACGUAACGGCUUAACACAAUUCCUUUUUCUUUUCUCUUCUUUCCUUCCUCUUCACUGUUCUUCGGUCUGGGCCGGGCUCAGUCCAGCUGUUGCUGUGCUCUCACUGGUGUUGCCCAUGCGGUGGGCAGGUUGGCCACUGGGUGGCCAGGCCCUCCGUGCAGGCCCUCAGGCCCCCUUCCCUGUGGCCGCUUCAGGUGGCCUCGCCAGCCGGGUUGUUGGGCCGCUGCCGGGGCAGCUCAGAGCCCCCAGGGGUAUAAAGCAGUAGAUGCCAGACUUUCUGAAGACUUAAACCCAGAACGUCUGCUGCCUUCUGUUGAUUCAGGCAAGUCAUGAGCCCAGCCCAGAUUCCGCAAGAGGGGACCGGCACGGGGGCAUGAAGUCGAGGCGGGAUUCUCGGGGGGCCCCACAGGGUAACCAACUGUCACAAUCAGUGUCACGGGAAGACAGCAAUAGUUAGCAAAAUAGAGGCUGCUGGUGACGCUGGGAAAUCGAAGCUGCUUAUAGCAGCUCAUGUAAGCGGGAGUCCAAGUGAAAGACGGGGGCCUUCUAGGACUUCCUGAACUUUCUGCUGGCUUGGAGCGUCACCUGGGAGACCCCUCUCGUAAGGAUGGAUGUGUUUAGGGGGCAGAACCACCUUGUCACCAUGGCACCCGCAGGGGGAGGCGACCGGGGUGCUUUCUCCACCCCAGUGGUCUCAGCCAGACCGUAGCCAAGCGGGGGGCCUCCUCGCGAGGCUGCCGAUCCAAUCGAAUUAGCAGUCACCCAUUUUCGUUGUAGCCAAGCAGUGAGAUUUGCUACCGUUCUACCCGAAGUGCCUUCUCCAGAGACACCCUCUUUGCCCCGUGCUGAAUCAUCAUUCAGUGAGUGCGUUUCAAUUAAAGUGUCAUUGGUUGACUUCGUAAAGAUGAUAAACCGCUGUGGCAGCUUUGCCCUUAGGUCACGGUCUCGUUAACUCAGAUUCUUCCUUCCUGCUUUGGCUCGAAAGGAAGGACUAGGUGUGGCCCUGCUAGUGCUUCCUUCCUGAGGUCUUUACCUCCCAUGAAGCCCUGAGGAAGCUUGGGGGAGAGCCUCCGCUGCCAUUUUCGCAGACAGCAUGCACAUUGACUCCACCCCUUCUUGCCCCCCAUCCCUUGAACCUAGAAUUGCUUUAGAACACAGGUGUGGCCCAGAGGGGAUUACCUCCUCAGAGGAAUGUAAAUGACUCCUGUCAAGCCUGUAAAGAAAGAUUCCAGUUCAGUGUUUGCAGCAAGGAUCUUGAAUCCUGUCCUUUCUGCUGCACCGCCACAUUGAAUCGUUCUUGUUUGCCUGGAUUUGGUGGUAUAGUUUAGACUCUGGACUUUGGGGGCAAAGUCUUUCACCAGCAUACAAGGGUUCGAUUGUACAAAUAUACCUGCUGCAUUCACGUCUCUGCCUGUAGCUCAAGAUUAAGUUGUUUUGUACUUGGGACAGAAACGCCUGAUCGCAGCUGGCUUUUUUCGUUACCGGACAUAGAUUUCAUUUAGCUUUCCCUCCACGACGUCUGCAAACCAUCCCGUUAUGUAAACUUCUGCCAAGACAAGAUUGUGAUAGUCCCUAGGUUGCUAAGGUCUGUUAUGUGUUUGGUGAGAGGUGAUGGUAGGUUCUCAGAUGAGAUCACUCUCCACAAGAUGGAAUCAGGAAGGGAGAGCUGUGAAGAUGUGGGGCGCUUGAGGUGCACGUGUUAAAAAGUAGUGGAAAUGAGAGUUCCAAAGAGGUGGUUUGUGGGAAGUCGAAGGGCCCAGGGCUGGAGCAGUCCACGCUUGGUGUCGCAUCGGGUCACCCGGAAGGUAGGUGUGAUAGAUACAUGCGUGCAGUCUGCUUCUGGUUACCGGUAGACAUUAAAUUUGCACAGUAUCCCAUGGCUGGUUGAGGAGUUUAAAGUUAUAAGCAUAGGAUAGGGUGUUAUAUUUGGGGUGAAGAAAUUUAUCUGACCCUUGGCAUUAGGGUUUUUUCUAAAAAGCCAAAUUUCGGAGUCUUAAUAGCUUUUUUUUAAACAAAUAAAAAGACAGCUCAUAUCCAGUAUGUGUCCCUCCUGAAAAUUACGGUCCUCUCUCCCACUGAAAUCAGUGACUUUUCAGACGCGGCUAAACGGGGGCGAGAAAAGACAUACGACUUCUUGGGGUUUGUUUCGACUUCUUGGGGUUUGUUUGUGCUUCACGGAGCCCAGUGGCUUUGCAACAGCCAAGAGGAUUAUCGAGAUUAUUUUUAGGGGUUAUUUUACUGGGGAUCUGGAGAACUGAUAUAACAUUCUGGGUUAUUCCUAGUUCAGGGGAAGGUGAACAGGUAUGCAGUUGUGUUUCGUUGUAGCUUAUUAAUCCAUAAGGCCAACUUAGACUAUAGAUGUCAGUGCACACCCAGAACAGUUUCCGUUUUCUGUGUGUGGUUGGGGGAAUCACGUUUUAUAUAGCAAGCACAGGGCCUCCCUGAUUUCAAGAUGCCUUUAUCAGGAUCUGUAUUAGCCCUUAAUUUUGUUGAAAUCUUUCUCCCUCCUCCUCUUGAAAAAUAAGUUCCAAAAUCUAGUUUAUUGUAUCUUCCAUCAUUAAAAAGUUUGCUCUUUUCUUUUCCACUAUGGGCGGUUCACACAAGGCAAAGAUAUUAAACAGUUGGUUUUAGUGUGUUGUAUAACUUUACUGUAUAUCAAACUAAUUUCUACAAGUUUUCAUCCUAAACCUCAAAUCAUGUAAUUAAUAAUUUGCCUGUUUAUUUAUGACAUAAUUGUGAUUCUUUUAUUAAUAAAAGCUAAUGGAAAAGGAUCCUUUUUUAAGCUGAUGACUAGAUCUACAUUUAAUUUUCCUGCAGCAUAUGAAGUAUUGUACCAGAGUAUUAAAAGAUAUGUAAUAUUUUAUUGAUAAAUCUAUCCUUUAAAAGGAAUACAUUUUAGGAUGUCAUCAUUUUGAUGUGAAUCAUGUAAAUGUGGAUAAUAUGCACUGUUUAUUAUACAUUUAGUGUUUCAAGAGAUUCACUUAAUUGCCUUUUUUGCCCACGUAUUAUGUAGUCUGUUUGCAAUUGUUUAAAACAAAUGACGUGAAAAGAAUAGUUUAUGUAGAGAAACAUCAGUGGACGUUAAUGGUCUCCCACCUAUAUUUAUGGGUGUUAGUUCAACUGCGUUGCUAGUUGCAAAGCCGUAUUAUCAGAGGAAACGUGUAUUUGUAAACUGUAUGGGAACUAAAAAUUAGGAAUAAAACCAUUUUCUUAUAUUA